GCAAUAUGUUCUAUUCGCCCUCGGCGAGCUGCACGGUGUUCUUGUGCGUUUCGUCAAGAGUGUUUCAUUCUAUCUCUUUCUCUCUCUUUCCCUCUCUUUCUCUCUCCCUCUCUCUCUCUCUCUCUCUCUCUCUCUCGCUCUCUUUCCUCUUGCUGUCUCUUUCUCUCUUACACGCACAUAUCAAGUGUAGUGUACAAUUCUUCAAACAUUCUUUCGGUCAUUAUACGAACGAAUUGAAUAAAUUUAUUGAUUGAGAACAAUUAAGAAUCAUGUCGCACGUUGAUGUGGAUCACGAGAAAAGAAAACAAAUCUCAGUACGCGGUAUCGUCGAUGUUGAAAAUGUCGCGAAUUUUAAGAAAACGUUCAACCGGCAUCUUCAUUAUACUUUAGUCAAAGAUCGUAACGUAGCGACUAGCCGAGAUUAUUACUUCGCUUUAGCACAUAGUGUCAAAGACAAUUUAGUAUCCAGAUGGAUUCGAACUCAACAAUAUUAUUACGAGAAAGAUCCAAAGAGAGUAUACUAUCUCUCUCUCGAAUAUUACAUGGGAAGGGCAUUGCAAAAUACGAUGAUCAAUUUGGGAAUUCAGGGUGCGUGCGACGAAGCUAUGUAUCAGAUGGGCUUGGAUAUAGAAGAAUUAGAGGAAUUGGAGGAGGAUGCUGGACUUGGAAAUGGAGGCUUAGGAAGAUUGGCUGCUUGUUUCUUAGAUAGUAUGGCUACUUUGGGCUUGGCUGCUUAUGGUUAUGGAAUAAGAUAUGAAUAUGGUAUAUUCGCACAAAAGAUAAAGAACGGAGAACAAAGUGAAGAACCAGACGAUUGGUUGAGGUAUGGUAAUCCUUGGGAAAAAGCAAGGCCAGAAUUUAUGCUUCCAGUUAAUUUCUAUGGACAUGUUAUUGACACUCCUGAAGGCAAAAAAUGGAUUAACACGCAGGUCGUGUUUGCAAUGCCUUAUGAUAAUCCAAUUCCUGGAUAUAAAAAUAAUGUGGUUAAUACAUUGAGAUUAUGGUCUGCUAAAUCGCCAAUCGAAUUCAAUUUGAAAUUCUUCAACGACGGUGAUUACGUUCAAGCUGUUAUUGAUCGUAACUUGGCAGAAAAUAUAAGUAGAGUCUUGUAUCCUAAUGAUAAUUUCUUUGAGGGAAAAGAGCUUCGUUUGAAACAAGAAUAUUUCAUGGUUGCCGCUACUCUUCAAGAUAUAAUUCGUCGUUAUAAAGCUAGUAAAUUUGGAUCGAAGGAACAUUAUAGAACUGAAUUCGAUGCUUUCCCUGAUAAAGUAGCCGUUCAAUUGAAUGACACUCAUCCUUCGUUAGCUAUUCCUGAACUUAUGAGAAUUCUUAUUGAUGUUGAAGGACUAUCGUGGGAGAAGGCAUGGGAAAUAACAACGCGAACGUGUGCUUAUACAAAUCACACUGUUCUACCAGAAGCACUUGAAAGAUGGCCCACUAGCAUGUUAGAUAGCAUUCUUCCACGACACUUGCAAAUUAUUUAUCACAUAAAUCAUUUACAUCUUGAACGAGUCGCUGCCAAAUUUCCAGGUGAUAUGGAUCGUCUUCGUCGUAUGUCUUUGAUCGAAGAAGAAGGUGAAAAACGAGUAAAUAUGGCUCAUUUAUCCAUUGUUGGUAGUCAUGCUAUCAAUGGAGUUGCACAAAUACAUUCAGAGAUCUUGAAAGAUAGUGUAUUUAGAGAUUUCUAUGAAUUGACACCAGAAAAAUUCCAAAACAAAACCAAUGGUAUUACACCUAGAAGAUGGUUACUUCUUUGCAACCCAAAUCUAUCCGAUAUUAUUGAAGAAAAAAUAGGAAGCAAUUGGGUUGUACAUUUAGAACAAUUGGAACAGAUUAAACAAUAUGCCAAAGAUCCAGGCUUUCAACGAGCGAUAGUUAAAGUUAAACAAGAAAAUAAAUUACGUUUAUCUCAAAUGUUAGAGAAAGAUUAUGGGGUUAAAAUAAAUCCUGCCUCGAUUUUUGAUAUUCAGGUGAAACGUAUCCAUGAAUACAAACGACAAUUAUUAAAUUGUCUUCAUGUUAUUACAUUGUACAAUCGUAUAAAGAAAGAUCCGUCCGCACCGUUCGUACCAAGAACUGUUAUGAUAGGUGGAAAGGCAGCACCAGGCUAUCAUCUGGCUAAAAAGAUUAUCAAAUUGAUUUGUAGUGUUGCAAAUGUUAUCAACAACGAUCCUAUUGUAGGAAAUAAAUUAAAGUUGAUCUUUUUAGAGAAUUAUAGAGUAACUUUGGCCGAAAGGAUUAUUCCUGCUGCAGAUCUGAGUGAACAGAUUUCUACCGCUGGUACUGAGGCAUCAGGCACCGGAAAUAUGAAGUUUAUGCUGAAUGGUGCCCUUACAAUUGGCACUUUGGAUGGAGCUAACGUAGAAAUGGCCGAAGAAAUGGGAAAUGAUAAUAUUUUCAUUUUCGGCAUGACCGUAGACGAAGUUGAAGAUUUGAAAAGAAAAGGCUACAAUGCUUAUGAUUAUUAUAAUAAAUUACCAGAAGCAAAACAAUGUAUCGAUCAAAUUCAAGGAGGUUUCUUCAGUCCUAAUAAUCCAGAUGAAUUUAAAGAUAUCGCUGAUGUGCUACUUAAAUGGGAUAGAUUUUAUCUUUUAGCAGAUUUUGAAAGUUAUAUUCGCAUGCAAGAGAAAGUCAGCCAAGUAUAUCAGGAUGAAAACAAAUGGGUGGAGAUGGCGAUACAUAAUAUAGCAUCUUCUGGAAAAUUCUCUUCCGAUCGGACAAUUGCAGAAUAUGCCCGUGAAAUUUGGGGCGUAGAGCCAAACUGGAACAAAUUACCAGAUCCACAUGAACCACGUGAUAUCUAAUUCGUUUGAUAUAAUCAAUCUAAUGAAUGUUCUAUAAUUUUUUCUGUACUUCUAUAAUAAUCGAUAAAAUGUUAUGAUAGAUAAUAAAACAAAUUUCAAUACUUGAGGAAAGAAAAUAACACGAUCAAUUAUCUGAGGAAGGUAAAUAAUAUAAUUAAUAUUUAACAAAUGUCUUAUCACGAUAAUAUAAAGAUUCUAUGCAUUACAUACAAAUGAAAGACUGUUCGAUCUAUAAAAUAGAAAAAAAUCUAUAUUGGAAUUUGAGAAAUUUAUCCAAUAAAAAGGUUCAAUAAUUGUUUAUCACAUAAUUUAACACAAAAAAAAUUAUGAACAGAAGUAUAUCAAACGAAUGCAAUAUAUUUUUCUAUAACUACAUUUAUUUUUAUUAUGCUACUGCCUACUGUCAAAUACUCAAAUAAAGGUGGCUAAGAAAUAAU